AACCGGCCGCGCGGCAAAACGUGUUCCCUUGUCAGGAGGAUGUAAAACCCGAGCUGCCCGUGAAGGAGACGCGGUGAGGGGUUGCUGCGGGCCAAUAGGGUGUGGCUAAACGUGCGGUCACGGGCAAAGACGUCACUAUCCGCAUGAACACCGAGAGCAUGGAGAGCAAUCAAAUGCAGGUGCUGAACAGUGGGCGGGUGCAGGCUCUAGAAGCCUGGUUGAUAGAAACGGACACAAAGCUGGCUCAGGUGAACGGCCAGAGGAAGUAUGGAGGACCGCCUGCGGUGUGGGACCUGCCCCCCCCAGGAGCCCGAUGUGAGGUUUUCAUCAGCCAGAUCCCACGGGACACCUACGAGGACGUGUUGAUCCCCCUGUUCGGCUCCGUGGGGCCCCUCUGGGAGUUCCGCCUCAUGAUGAACUUCAGCGGGCAGAACCGCGGCUUCGCCUACGCCAAAUACAGCUCACCAGAUGUAGUGAGCGAUGCCGUGCACCUGCUGAACGGUCACAGGCUGGAGGCCGGCCUCCGCCUCAGUGUGCGCCGCAGCACGGAGAAGAGUCACCUCUGCAUCGGAGAGCUGCCCGCCAACACCCAGCCGGACCAGCUGCUGCAGGUGCUGCGUGGUAUGGCGGAGGGGGUGGAGAGGAUCUCUCUGAAGGCAGGGCCUGGAAUAGUGGGGGUGUCUGCUAUAGUCGUCUUCUUAUCCCACUAUGCUGCUUCUAUGGCCAAGAAGGUGCUGGUGGAAGCAUUCAGGAAGAAGUUUCAGUUCAACAUCUCCAUCAAAUGGCAGUCUACAAUGAAGUCGACCACUGACGAGCCCCCCCCUCCACAUAAAUUCUCUAAAAGCCUCUUGCCGGUCCCCCUGAAGCCGCCACGCCACAUCCUCACCCCUCCACGCCCCCCUCCCCGCCUGGCCCGCCCUCCAUCCAGGGAUGCCAUUGAAUUCUGCAAAGCAGUGGGAAAACCCGCUGUCCCCCAGCCCCCGCCCCCUCCCAGCUCCUCCUCCUACGUCUCUCCCCUGGAGGGUCACCUCCCCUGCCCCAUGGCGGUGCUGUGUGAGCUGUGUGAGGCGAAGGGUGUUGGGAAGCCGCACUACAAUAUUAGGCUGAGCCACGUGGUGCCCAAGGGCUUCAUGUUGUUCUUUUAUGAGCUGUCCGUCCCCGGGAUAACCCCCGACUUCAAAGGGCUGGUCAAGAUCUUACCGGGACCCUCUGCCUACGCCACGCUGGGGGAAGCUCAUCAGGCUGUGGCUCUGCAGGUUCUGAUGAGGAUCUGCAACAUUUAGCCCCCCCACCUGACUCACCACCCACCUCCUACAGCACUGUUUGCUUUGUUAAUGUUAUUUACAGAUAGAUGUUCAAUAUUUUAUCUUAUUUUAUCUGCAUGCUUUUAGUAUAGUUCACUUGUUUGUCUUUCAUCUUCAGUGUUUUAUUUGUGCAUGCUUUUUACAUGUGUUACUCUUUAUUGGUUGCUCAUUUUUAAUAAAUGAGAUUGAAAGGAAAA